AUGAUGUUCUCCCCGGACGUCGGAAACGAGUUGAUGUUCUCCCCGGACGUCGAGAACGUGAUGAUGUUCUCCCCGGACAUCGGGAACGAGAUGAUGCCCUUCCCGGACGUCAGGAACGAGAUAAUGUCCUCCCAGGACGUCGAAAAGGAGAUAGUGUCCUCCCCGGACGUCGAGGACGUGAUGAUGUUCUCCCCGGACGUCGGGAACGAGAUAAUGAUCUCCAAGGACGUCGGGAACGAGAUGAUGAUCUUCCAGGACGUCAGGAACAAGAUGAUGUUCAACCCGGACGUCGUGAACGAGAUAAUGUCCUCCCAGGACGUCGGGGACGAGAUGAUUUUCUCCCCGGACGUCGAGGACGACGUCGAGGACGUGAUGAUGUUCAACUCGGACAUCGGGCAAGAGAUGAUGUCCUCCCCGGACGUCGGGAACGAGAUGAUGUUCUCCCCGAACGUCGGGAACAAGAUGAUGUUCUCCCAGGACGUCGGGAACGAGAUGAUGUCCUCCCAGGACGACGUCGAGGACGUGAUGAUGUUCAACCCGGACGUCGGGAACGUGAUGAUGUUCUUCUCGGACGUCGAGGACGUGAUGAUGUUUUCCCCGGACGUCGAGGACGAGAUGAUGUCCUCCUCGGACGACGUCAAGAACAAGAUGAUGUUCUCCCCAGACGUCAGGAACGAGAUAAUGUCUUCCCAGGACGUCGGAAACAAGAUGAUGUCCUCCCCGGACGUCGAGGACGUGAUGAUGUCCUCCCCGGACGACGUCGAGGACGUGAUGAUGUUCUCCCAGGACGUCGGAAACGAGUUGAUGUUCUUCUCGGACGUCGAGGACGUGAUGAUGUUCUCCCCGGACGUCGAGGACGAGAUGAUGUCCUCCUCAGACGACGUCAAGAACAAGAUGAUGUUCUCCCCGGACGUCAGGAACGAGAUAAUGUCUUCCCAGGACGUCGGAAACGAGAUGAUGUCCUCCCCGGACGUCGAGGACGUGAUGAUGUCCUCCCCGGACGUCGGGAACGAGAUAAUGUCUUCCCAGGACGUCGGGAACGAGAUGAUACGUCGAGGUCGUGAUGAUGUUCUCCCAGGACGUCGGAAAGGAGUUGAUGUUCUUCUCAGACGUCGAGGACAUGAUGAUGUCCUCCCCGGACGUCGAGGACGAGAUGAUGUCCCCUCGGAUGUAAGAAAAGAGAUGAUGCUCUCCCAGGACGUCGAGGACGAACGAAAUAAUGUCUUCCCAGGACGUCGGAAACGAGAUGAUGUUCUCCCCGGACGUCGUGGACGAGAUGAUGUCCUCCCCGGACGUCGGGAACGAGAUAAUGUCUUCCCAGGACGUCAGGAACGAGAUGAUGUUCUCCCCGGCCUUCGAGGAUGUGAUGUUCUCCCGGACGUCGAGGGCGUGAUGAUGUUCUCCCAGGACGUCGAGGACACGUCAUGGACAUCAGAUGAUGUGCUCCCAAGACGUCGGGAACGAGAUGAUGUCCUCCCAGGACGUCAGGAAACGAGUUGA